AUGGAUGCAACAAUGUUUCAGACCUUGAAUCUGUGGUUGAUGGAUAUGCAAAAGCUGGAAUACCUCUUGAGGUUAAGUGGACAGACAUUGAUUACAUGGACGGCUUCAAAGACUUCACUUUUGACCCCCGUGAACUUCCCUGAGGACAAGAUGAAAUCAUUCGUAAAUACACUUUCACAAGAAUGGUCAGAAAUACGUACUGUUCUUGGUUCCAGCUCCUCUUACGAGACAUAUAACAGAGGAAUGGAAGUAUAUGUGUUCAUUAAACGAUAUGGUCAGCCUUACCUCAGUGAAGUUUGGCAUGGGAAAGUAUAUUACUCUCACUUCUUGAAUCCAACUGCUGCAACUUUCUUGGCCUAG